AUGUCUGUUCGGUAUUUUCAACCACAUCCGCAUGUUAAAGUUCAGCUCCACAGAUACAAGCGGUCAUUUAUAUCCGUUGAGGCCUCAAGGUUCUCUAAUGGAUCACUUUAUCUUGAUCCCGCUUACCUUGACUGUAGGAUCUUCGUCUACAACGAUUCACACACUGACAGCCUUCGGACUAAAGUCCAGAUAUUUGCAUUCGUUACACAACCACUUGAUUCCAUCAAAAUGCGCUUCCAUCAAAUCCAAGCUCUUAUCGCUGCUUCCUUGGCCGUUUCGGCUUUUGGAUCGGCAACUACUAACCUGGCCCCUAUUGAAGGGUAUGAGAUUAUCAUCCCAGAGUGGGAGUUUCAAGAUGAUAUCAACCCGAGAGCCGAGAAAGUCGUUUUGAAUGGAACAGUUCAGGAGGUGUUGGCGGAUCUUCGGUCCUACAACUCUCUGUACGCGCAGGUCUUGGGCCCUGAAUCGGGUUCUCCUACCACCUCAUCGGCCCUAGAAGAGCCGAACAAGUUCGAUAUUUCGCAUGUCGUCUGUCAUAAGUUUCCCUUGGGCUCAGUCGCCGUUGUAAAAGAUGGCAUCAACGAACUCAAACGCAUCCGGCACAGGAGGGCUAAACUCGAGGUCGGCCGGGGAAAGUGCGCUCUUAUGACUUGCGAAUUCAAAACUGCCAUCUGGUGGUGUAAUGACGACGACAAACCAAAGACCAUGAGAACAUUCGACGGCAUUGCACAGGGGGCUGAAAAGGUCUUGCAAUCCUGCGCGAAGAGGAACUCACCUAACGUAUUGCGAUCCUCAGGACAGGCAUUUGACAAGAUGAAGUGGAGCGUUAUCGACAACUACGGGUUUUCGGGUGGACUUGCCGGAUAUCAGGUCAACGGAUGCAGCUUUCUACUCAUAUUUCCUGUAUUUAGCGCUCGUUUCCAUGGCCAGAACGUUUGUGACAUUGUUGGAGGUGCAUCAAAAGAGGCGAAGAACUUUUACAACAAACGCCAAAGCAUGGACAGUUUACAGCAAAUUCUCGUCCACCUACUGAACGAAGCGGACUCAGGCGCUGACUCAGAUCAUGACAACUGCGAUCACGGCCAUCAUCACCACCACCUCCGUCAUAUCAAGGACCAACUCGACGACUUGGAGCCCCCUACACAUCUACAAUUGCUUCACCAGUUACUCUGUGUCCGCACACCGGACCCACCGCUCCCGGAAGACAUUCUGGUCGGGAUAGACUCGGUCCUACAGCAGCAGGCAUCCCAUCGUGUCCUGACAUUAGCGGGUUCUAUUCAACCGACAAUAACACUCAAACGAGCGAACCAUAAGAGCGUUAGAGUUACGCUCUGGAAAGGUGACAUCACGACUCUCACCGGCAUCACUGCAAUCACCAAUGCCGCAAACAGCCAGGGCCUCGGAUGCUUCCAGCCACCACACCGCUGUAUAGACAAUGUCAUUCACGCUGCUGCCGGCCCCCGUCUACGGGACGAGUGCUACCGCGUCAUGAACGAAAGAGGCCGUGAACUCGGACCGGGCGAAGCGAUAGUCACAGACGCUUAUUGCCUACCAGCAAAUCAUGUGGUGCAUACAGUCGGGCCGCAACUGCAACGCGGCUCAAAACCAACGACAAACGAGACUCUCCAACUCGCCCAAUGCUAUCGCAGCGUUCUUGACACAGUCGAACCGCUGCCCGCGACGCCGGGUGGCAGGAAGAUUGUCGCGUUAUGCGGCAUCUCGACCGGCUUGUUUGCCUAUCCGGCGCGAGAUGCAGCAGCCGUGGCGGUCAGCGCGGUCGCAGAUUGGCUUGAGCACCACGAGGAUACGUCCAUCACCGAUAUCAUCUUCAACACCUUCACGGACGCAGAUCAUGCCGUGUACCAGGAAAUCCUGGCUUCUCCCCCGUAUACUUCAUGGAUGGGGCGGGCAGCGCCGACUUUUACUCCGCCGGCAAAUGCGAAUCAUCCGCCGCUGAUCCAGUGCGACUCGCUGGACCGGGCAAGGCAGUGGCUGGACGCGGCUGACGCAGUCAUUGUGAGUGCCGGUGCCGGUCUCUCUGCUUCCGAUGGGCUGGAUUACACUUCGUCGGCCCUGUUUGCCAAGAACUUUCCCGGUUUCUUGAAGUAUGGGCUGCGAACUCUGUACAGCGUCUUUGGCUUCAACUCCUGGCCAACGGAACAAGUUCGCUGGGGAUACUACUUCUCCCACUUGGCGAUGGUCACGUCUUGGCCAAAAUCCGGAAUGUACCGAACGCUCAUUUCAUGGCUUGAGAGGUUUGGGGAAAACGCGCAUGUGAGGACGUCUAACGCCGAUGGUCUCUUUGUCGCAAACGGGUUAUCACCAGAGAGACUUUCUACCCCUCAAGGAUCGUAUUCGGUUUUCCAGUGCCUGGCAAAUUGCCGACCUGAGGCAACAGUGCCAUCGGCACCUUUAGUUGCAGAUGCGCAGGCGUUCUUAGAUCCAGUAUCUCAAAUACUGACAGAACCGAGCAAGGUCCCCCUUUGCAAGUUCUGCAACGGCAAAAUGAACAUCUGCGUGAGGGCAGGGCACUGGUUCAACGAGAAACCCUUCGAGGAUGGGGAGAAGAGAUGGAAGCAGUUCCGCCGGGACGUGGUGCAUCGUGAGGAAAGGACGACAGUGAUCCUAGAGCUUGGCGUAGGGAUGUCGACGCCGGGGGUCUUGAGAUGGCCUAACGAGGAUCUCGUCAUAAGAGGCGGGGGAAGAGUGAAGCUUGUGAGGGUAGGCAAAGGACCUGAGACGGCCGUCCCAUGGGAUUUGGAGGCAGAUGGGUUGGCGACAAGUAUAGACGGCGAGAUCUCAGCGGUGGAGCACCUCAAAGACUACAGGCUGAAGAAUCUCAAUUUUCCAUAUGUCAGAAACGUGCCUCACGAAAUAGAAACCGUGGACCUGCAUUUCCGUCACUUCGACUUUGGGUGA